UCGCCGUUACUUCGCAUGCUAAUGGCAGAAAAAAAAAAGUAAUUAUGCGAUGCGGAUACAUUUGUUCGGUGUUAAAUUCGUAAAUUUAUCAUUUUGGUAGUUUUAGAUGUCUCGAAAUUCCAAGAUGACUACUGUUCACUUUGUCGUUCAUCCAUUACCUGGUACAGAAGACCAACUGAAUGACAGAUUGAGAGAGUUAUCUGAGAAGCUGUAUAAACAACCAGCACCAUGUGCUUCAGGAGUUUUGCCCCUCAAGAACCUUCCAGUGAAAAGCAUAACUGUAGGACCAAACCAUGCUGCAUUCCUUCUAGAGGAUGGACGUAUAUGUCGCAUGGGAUUCUCUAUCAACCCUGAGAAAGUAGACAGUGGUCCAAGCAAGAAUGACAGCACCAAGAGCAGCAGCAAGAAGAGUUGGACAUCAUCUGCCCAGUUAUCUUCUAAUCGUUCUUCUUCAUUGUCAUCUUCAUCAUCAAGGCCCACCAAUCCACUUAACCCAUGGCUCAUCAAUGCUGAUGAACCCUCAGGAGUUUCAUCAGGGAAAUGGUCCUCUAACUGCCGUACCCCGUCUAACCGCACAACAUCAAACAACAACUCGAGUGCAUCCCGCAACCGAGGCCGAGUCAUCCGUGCUCACUCUCGAGGUCGUGGUGGCGUCAUAGUGGGUACCAGGCCAGUUGUCCCAGCAUCUGUUGUCCCUGAAGAAUUAGUGUCCCAGGCACAGGUAGUCCUACAAGGCAAAAGCAGAUCAGUCAUCAUCAGAGAGCUCCAAAGGACAAACCUUGAUGUGAACCUGGCUGUGAACAACCUAUUGAGUCGUGAUGAUGAAGAUGGUGAAGAUCCUGAUGAUAAUGAUACCUACCUGUCUGGUGGUGAUGAUUUGGUCUCACUCUUAGAUGGUGGCAUCCAUUCUGAUCAUCCUAGUGUCAUCAUUGAUGCUGAUGCCAUGUUCUCAGAGGAGUUCCUUGGACUUCCUCCAUCAAGAUCUAGAGCCAGAGGCUCCAGCAGUAGAGAUCGUGAGCGCGAUGCCGAGAGAGAUCCUCUGCUACGUAGCCGUGAGCGGCGCUGGCCUGAGAUUGUACUGCGUGAUACCGGAUCAGGAGCUAGUAACAUGAAAGCUGGUAGCUCGGAGGCAGCAGGGACAUCGGACAGCAGACGUGGUGGUGCAGCUGGACACAGCCAGAAUCCGGUGGUCAUUGGAGAGGACUUGGAAUGGUGGUCAGCAGAAAAGGGUGAAGACACACCACGGUUUGUAAGCAUUGGUGCUAUGUAUUCUGAGCUGAUAGCUGUAGGACAGAAUGGUCAUAUCUACCAAUGGAAAUGGUCUGAACCUGAACCAUACAAGAAUCCUGAGAACACUGGAGUACAUCAUCCUAAGGUUCCAUUCCUUGGUCUAGUAGGAGAGAAGAUAUCCCAGAUAGCUACCUGCUUUGAGAAGUUAGCUAUCCUCACUGAGUCUGGCAAGAUUGCAACAAUGAUAGAUGAGACUCUAUCACCCAUAGCAUCUAGACUUGAGCACCCAGCCACUUUAUAUCAGGAGUUUGCUUGUGAUAAAGUUGUGUCCAUUCACACCUGUGCUUUGUACACCUGCACAUGGAUGGAGUCUGGACACAUCUACUGGUGGGGUGUGUUACCAUUGGCACUGAGGAGUAAGGUGUUGGAGAAGGCUAGAGAUAGAGCUAGAGCUAAGAAACGUGAAGCUAUGGCAUCAUCAUUGUUGACUGCUGGUACACAGGUUUGCCUGCGUAGCUGCCCCAUGUACCACUGUGGUGCAUUGGCCUUCAACGUAAAGAGUGCCCCACCACGGGUCGGCCAGCUAAUGGACACCGCCUGGCACCUGACUGACACCUGCCGGUUCCGUAUACGUCGCUCCUCCCUGGACCUGGGUGAUACCACCACCACCAGUGGUACCUCUGCCGGUGCCGCUGUACCCUCCGCUGGUACCUCACAGGCCAGCCGUGAGACCAAGGAGGAAAUGAAGGGAGAUGGGGGGAAAGCAGAUGCUAAGGGAGAUGCUAAGACGGAUGCUAAUAGGCUAGAUGUGAAGCAAGAAAUGGGACCACCACCUUCACCUGCUUCUACCAGUAGUGAUGUAUCCAUCGUAUCAAGUCCAGCUGCUCACAGGAGGGGAUCAAAGCGCCCUCUGUCGUCUCCAGCUAGAGAAGUAGAGAAGAAUGACAUUGAGGUGUGGGCUCUGACUGAUGUCGUUUUUGUAGAAGAUAUACGCUCAGCUCCUAUUGGAAAGGUGUUAAAGGUUGAUGGUGCUUAUGCUGCAGUGAAGUUCCCCACUCUAGAUUCCAACACCGAGUCUUCAGGGGAUGUUGAUUCGUUCCUACAAGACUGCAGACUACUUCGCAAAGAUGAACUUCAGAUUGUGAAGCAGGGCUCAGGACCAAAGGUGCCAGAUUGUUUCCAGAGAACACCCAAGAAACUCAAUAUCCCUUCAAGUGGACAGAUCCUUGCUGUGUCUGUUGAUUUUAGAGGUGUCCAUGUGCUUGUCAAGGUGAGAUCAGAGCUCCUGUACCAGCUCUAUGAGCUAUGCUCCAGUCGACCUACAACAGAGAGUCCCUUUCCUACAGACACCAAUGCUUUCAUGGGAAAGAGCAUUGAUAACAUCAGACUGCACAACCCUGGCAAGGAUUCUGUGACUCUUCUCCAAGAUGGGAACAACACCUUGUAUCCCCUGGCUAAGACUGCUACUGUGACUAUCAGAGAUCCUAACUGGGUAGAUCUUCCACCCAUACGCAGUCUGAGCAUCGGUGUGCACCAUCUCCCUCAUCCUGGACAGUCUACUAACAUCAAGAACAAAGCUGCUAUCAUGGUCAUGGCCAUAGAGAACCAGCUGUUAAUGCCUCAUGUACUGAGAUGUGAUUAUGAAGCAGUCUCUCACUUCCUCAGCAAUCUUCAGUUAGAACCAAAUCCACUAGUGAAGGAGCAGAAGCUUCAGCAUCUUGUUGAAGAGAGAUGUGACGGAGGGAGAAACAUCUUCCAUGCUUGUGUCAGUCUAUGCAGACCACUCUCUAAUCAAACCAACAACUCAUCAACUGGAGCAGAAUCGAGUAGCCUAGCUACGUUGACGUCUGAAGUGAGCAGCCGAGCUAAGAUGUUAUGUAACGCCCUUCACACUCUCAGCAAUGCUAUAGCAGGAGCUGCUAUGGCUUCAAGUAGCGGACCUAGUGCACACAGUAUGGCUAUGCGGGAUGUAAUGGGUCGUAGUAGCAGCAGCUCUGCCCAACCAGCUGGACCUAGUAGUUUACCAGGUGAUGAUGGUCGAGACUCUGCUUCAUCUCCACUCCCCACGGCACCAAUACCUACACUCAGCUGGCCUCCAGAACCAUCAGGGCUAUAUAUGGACCAAGAAGAGGAUAAUCUGAGCCUUGGAAGCACCUCAGCAACGGUAGGCGGAUCAUCCAGCUCUCUGGCUAGCAACCCACCAUCCUUAGCGACCAGUAUGUCUUACAACCAAGCAGUAGCCCUGACACCAGAGGAACGUAGAAGCAAUGCUCAUAGCAUCCUACGGCUGCUCUGUGAGGCUGCAGCUCUCACUGAAAAGCUACCAGACUUCUUGUCUGCAAAGGACUCUCAUGGCAAUACACCUUUCAUGUCAGCCGUCAAGAUCAGAGCUUACUCUGUGGCCCUGACCAUCUUCGACACCACCGAGAACCUAGCUUCACGCCGCCGGCCCCUUGCACGUACUCAAUCUACCAGCCAGGCCAGCUAGCUUUAACAAGGAGCUGUUUGAAUCUAUGGUGUUCCCCCUGGUAGUCAUCCUGAUUCAUCACCUCUCUAUGUACUGUGUUGUAACGAUACCUGUAGCUUCACAUGGACUGGGACUGAGCAUAUCAAUCAGGACAUCUUUGAGUGUAGGACCUGUGGUCUGCUAGGACCACUGUGCUGCUGUACAGAGUGUGCCAGGAUCUGCCACAAAGGACAUGACUGCAAAUUGAAGCGUACAUCCCCAACGGCUUACUGUGACUGCUGGGAGAAAUGUGAAUGCAAAGCUCUGAUUGCAGGACAGAUCUUCACUCGUAUGGAACUUCUUGAUAGGCUUAUCAAUGAAACCAACUUGGUCACUAUACCUAAUAGCAGAGGAGAUCACAUCCUGCUGUUCUUAGCUCAGACAGUGGCUCGUCAGACUGUAGAACAGAGACAGUAUCGUCAGUCAAGGAGCAGACUCUCUCGUAAGAAUGAAUCAGACAUUGACAUGCCUGAUCAUAACCUCGAGCCACCUCGAUUCAGUCGUCAUGCCCUUGAGAGUAUCUUACAGGAAUGGCAAGCCGUCAGUGCUAUGAUACUCAAUGGAUGUCAGGACAAGAAGAAGGACUGUGCAGGAGGGACUGGUCAUAUGCCUAUACCAGAGGAUCAGGUGUAUCUCAUGCGUCAGUCUGGUACUGUCAAAUUGGACUGGUUUACCCAUAUGCUGAUUGUCAAGUGUACUUCUUCAGAUCUGGACACCCUUCUGACCACAUUGAUCCGUCGUCUCCGCCACGCCCAAUCCUCUACCAGUAAGGCUGAAGCUGCUGAGGUAGCCCGUAGAUUCAUCCGAUCGGUCGCGAGAGUGUUUGUUGUGCUCAGCAUUGAGAUGACUCCUGGCAAAAAGCUGUCUGAGCCAGUGCAGCGUUGCAAGCGAGUGUUCCAGGCUUUGAUCCACCAGUCCAUCACUGAACUCUGUGAGAUUGGAGAUUCUUUGAUUGCACCUGUACGGAUGGGGGUAGCUAGACCUUCCUCCCCAUUCCCUCUCUUUAACAGCCAUGCUGAUGCCAUUCAGGGAAGUGAAGAGCUGUUCUUUACUGAGCCCCUCCCCAUGAGAUCAGCCUCUAGCAACCAGCCUAGCUCCAGCCACACUCAUCACCACGCCCCCUCUCUAAGGACACACUCACAUCGUAUCACUCGUAAUCGAACCAUUGAUGAAGAUGAUCAAGACAUGGAGGUCGGAGAAGGAGAAGAGAUUGACAUGGUUGAAGGAGACAUAGUGGUUGUAUCUAGUGACGUUCAUGUACGUGAGAGGGAUUCCAGCAGUGCCCCACCCAGAGAUCCUAGAGAGCAACCCAAUCAAGAUGACCAACCAGAAGAUGAUGCUGGUAAUGAGAGUGACAUGGACCUCGACCUGCUGGCGGAGAGUGACUAUGAUAGUGAAAGUAACCAUAGCAACCAAGACCAUGAAAGCAGUGCUCAGGACUCCAGCCGUCGGGGUGGGGUCAAUGCUCCUAAUGCUGGAUCAGAUGCUGGUGGUGGACUAGCAUCACUCUUCUUCUCAGAAGACGAAUCGUCCUCCAAUGCGGAUGAAGCUGAAGAGGAAGAGGAGGAGGAUAGCGACAAUGAGUUCAAUGAAGUAGAAGAGGAGACGGUCGAUCAGGCUUUCAAUGAAGACUCACUGGAGAGACCUACCACAGCCAGUGCUAGUGGAUCACAAAGCAUUGAAGGAAACAGAUCGAGCCAGCCUCCACACCCCCUCCAAUGGGCCUUCCGUAAUCAGCAGCCUCUGUCCUCAAGCAACCCCAGGACUAGCGGCUCAGGUGUGAUCAACGAGGUGCUAGGAUCUGCCAGUAGUGCUCCUCCUGUCGUACCUACAGGUCUAAUCUACAUAGACCCCUCCAACCUGAGACGAACGACCAUCUCUGCUGCAGCAAACCCCACCCCACCUAGUUCCAGCUCAACUGAGACCGCGCCCACCACCACAGCAAGCCGCCUAUCGAGGGCGUUUGGCAUCGUACUCCGACAGGUCUCUGAUCUGAUGGCCUCCCUUCCCAACUACAAGGCUCCAGAACCCCUCACUGAAACACUGGAGAUUACAGCUGACAAUGCCAAAGAGCUGCAGAACUAUGUUCAGUGCAGUCUAAAACCCACAUGGGACUGGUUGGUAUGUGUAAUGAAUAGCACGGAGGCUCAGCUCCGAUACGGCAAGGCAUUGAUGGGAGCUACUGAUCCUUCCCAUCCAACCCAUCCUAUGCGCAGUCAGUAUAUGCGCUCUUUGAGGGGUGCAGCCCGUGAUGCUGCAGCCCGGGAAGAGACGGCCUACCAGCACUCCCUGGAGAGCAGGAGACGAGGAACCCAUAGUAACACAGAGGACCACGGCUCUAUGAUGGACUACCUCCGGUAUGUGCUAUCACUCAUGAGAUCUCAUAACAGUGAACACCUGGGAUCUCUCCCCAUGCUCGACAUUGCUGCUAUGAAGCAUGUCGCCUAUGUCUUAGACUCCUGCAUUUACUUCUUGCGCUGCUUUGAGCGUGAGCCACUUUCUGAACCUACUCAGCCAUCCUCAAGCAAACGUUCCUGGUGUUUCUCCCAGGAUGUUGAUGCAGGAGAAGCCAGUGAUUCCAACAUGGAUGUUGAAGGUGGUGAAGAGGAGCGUAUGAUAACGUCUGGUCGCAAGCAUCCGUUCUUUGUCCGAUCUGAUUCCACCACCUUCCUAGGUUGCCCACCGCCUGAUCCCAUUGAGACUCCUCUCUCAGAAGCCCUACCCCUGGCUGAUAGACCUCACCUACUGCAGCCAAGUGCCACCAAAGAACAGCUCUUUGGAAUGCCUCAGAACCCAGUCCUUCCUUCAGACUCUGAUGUAGCUUUAGGUCACAACCAAUCUGUGACAGUACACCAGUCUUUCCUGGAGAUCUUACCGACCCAGAUGAGUGUGUCUCAACGUCAGGUCUUGGGUCAGCCAGGGAUGGAUGAUGACCAAGAAGAGGAAGAGGAAGAGGAGGAAGAAGAAGAGAUGGAAGAUGGAGCAGAUGCUGGACCACCAGCCCCUCAGGCUCAGGAGGAGAGAACAGAUACUCAGGAAUCCUCCUCAGUAACAUCAGGUGCAGUUUCAGCAGCCACAGGAUCAACACUGCCGGUCAGCCAAAGCUUGGGAGAAAGCAGUGACCCCUAUCAGCCAUCAGGAUCAUCAUUCCUAUCAAGCAGCUUCUCUGGUCCAUCAUCUGAUUACAGUCAGUCAGGUCCAGUAUCAGCACCAAAGACCACAUUGCAAGAUCAGCCUAGGAACUUGAGUGAAGCCAUCCCCGGCUCUUCAGCUGCUGGUGGCCCUGGACCUUCACACAGGGAAGGUGAGGGCGGUGAUCCAGGGCCAAGUGCUCUGGACGUUAUCGGUAGCAGCGGUAGUCAGGCAUCCUCAGCAGGACCUUCUGGUGCUGCCACUGCAGGAGGUGCUUCUGCAACCGUUGUAAGUGUGAUUCGCACUACUGGAUCAGUGGAUAAAUCUGCAGGGGACCCUCAAGCCCAUAGCUCAGGAAGUAGGGAACCUUUGGUCAAUCAGCCAGGUCCAGUGAGGGUUUCAGAGAUACCCCUUCCACCGGACCCUAUUAGGGACAACAGUGAAGAUCUAUCUGGUCCUAGCAGGAAUGUUAAUCUGGGUGCCCUCUUCCAUGUAGGAGGAGAACAGGCUGUACAAGCUAGCCCAAUGAACCUCUCUGAAUCUGCCAAUAGUGGACCAGCUGUAGAACCUUCACCCUUAGAAUUGUCCAAUCAUGAGACAGGAGAACGUAGUCGUCCAACAUCGGCUACGAGAGACCUUGAUGGAGCUGAUCCUGAAGAAGGUGGAAGGAGGAAAGCUCCCGGAAGAGGUGGUCCAACAACCAUCACUGUUGAUCGAGCUGAUAUACAACCUGUUAGUGACCUUGAUCAAGUCAUCAGACUCACAAGGCCCCUGUCUCCACUAUUAUCAGCUGACAUGUUACUUGGUAGAUGGCGUCUAUGUCUAGAGCUCUUUGGCCAUGUCUUCUUGGAGGAUGUCGGAGCAGAGCCUGGAUCAGUUCUGAGUGAGCUAGGAGGAUUUGAAGUCAAGGAGUCUCGCUUCAGAAGAGAGAUGGAGAAACUCAGGAACAACCACACUUCUAAGGAUCUCACUCUAGAGGUGGAGCGCUCUCGUGACCUCCUGAUACAGCAGACCAUGCGCCAGCUGAACACUCAUUUCAAUCGUCGAAGCAGCAGCAACUUGGCUGGUCUGCCCCUCGCAGUGCAUCGGGUGAAGGUGACCUUCAAGGAUGAACCAGGAGAAGGCAGUGGAGUGGCAAGGAGCUUCUAUACAGCCAUUGCUGAAGCUCUCAUGUCUCCUGAAAGACUACCUAAUCUAGAUGAUUGCCAGGGCUCUAACAAGGGACCACAAUACAGUCUUAUCCAGAGGCUACGAAGCCGGGAGAGGGAGAGAGAACGUCAACGUCGCUCUGAGCUACGGACAGGCAGUGGACGUAUGGCCCAGAGUUUGGAUCGUGAUAGGAACACUCUGUCCUACGAUGCAAGGCCGUUCUAUCCUCGUGACAGCGCUAACUCUGAUGACCGCAGUGCAGAUUAUGAACCGCUUCCUCCAUCCAAGCAGGCUCUUGGUGAAAGACUCUUCCCCAGAGUCUAUGCUCUACAGCCAUCUCUUGCUAGUAUGAUCACUGGGAUGUUGUUAGAGCUACCACCGGCCAGAUUGCUACUGCUUCUCGCCAGUGAGGAGUCUCUCAGAGAGCGAGUGGAGGAGGCUGUUGAUAUCAUCCUCUCUCGUGGAAGCAUCCAUUCCUUUUCCGUCCUCCUCCACAGCCGUGAUGAUCCUACAGACAGCAGCCGUCUAGACCUGGAUAUCUUCGGUCUGGGAGAGAGAGAGAAGAGCAAGAAUGAGGGCAGUGGAUCAACAUCAUCUGCCAUGGCAAUAGAGACGGAGGAUUGUGAUGAUGCUGAUCGGGAUGGUGAGGCCUUGUUCUUUCAGCCGGGCAAGAGAGGCUUCUACACUCCUAGACCGGGCAAGAACUCUGGAGAGAGGCUCAAUGUCUUCAGGAAUGUGGGCAGGAUUUUAGGAUUCUGCUUGCUUCAGAAUGAGUUGUGUCCUUUGACCCUCAACCGACAUGUCAUCAAGUUUCUACUUGGAAGAAAGAUUGGUUGGCAUGAUCUAGCUUUCUUUGACUCUACCCUGUACGAGGGUCUACGUCAGCUGCUCCUGGAUGCUGAGAGGGGUCACGAUGCAAGCAUCGCUGCCAUGGAGCUCACAUUCUCUAUCCAGCUUAGUAAGGAGGAGGGAGGUCAGACGGUAGAUCUGAUACCGGGAGGGAGCAGGGUCAGCGUCAGCACAGACAAUAUCUUUGAGUAUGUCAGGAAUUAUGCAGAGUACAAGAUGGUGACAGUGGCACACAAGUGUCUAACGUCCAUGAGGCAAGGACUGUUUGAUGUCUUGCCACGUAACUCUCUUGACGGUCUAACCGCUGAGGACUUCAGGUUACUGGUCAAUGGAUGCGGUCAAGUCAACGUCCAGAUGUUGAUCAGCUACACUACAUUCAAUGACGAGACAGGCAAACUAGGUGAUGGUCAUAGCAAUGAGGGGAAUGAUAAGCUAUCUACCUUCAAACUAUGGUUCUGGAGUAUUGUAGAAAAGAUGACCACUCAACAGAAACAAGACUUGGUGUAUUUCUGGACCUCAAGCCCCAGUCUACCAGCAAGCGAGGAGGGUUUCCAGCCCCUCCCUACCAUCACAGUACGUCCCCCUGAUGACAACCACCUCCCUACGGCAAACACCUGUAUCAGUCGUCUUUACAUCCCACUCUACAGCUCCAAAGCCAUCCUCAAGAAGAAGCUCUUACUGGCCAUCAAGACUAAGGCGUUUGGCUUCGUCUAGUCCCUUUUAAAGGCUCUACAUUGUACAAGGCCCUUCACCAAACCAAAGCCAUGUUGCAGAACCUCCUACAUGUAGUUGCUACAUGUAUGAAGACUAAGGCGUGCGGCUUCGUCUAGUCCUUUUAAAAGGCUCUACAUUGUACAUGGCCCUUCAUCAAACCAAAGCAAUUUUGCCGAACCUCCUACAUAUAGUUGCUGCAUGUAUGAAGUCUUUGGCUGUAUCUAAUGCCUCUAUGAUCUUGUAUAUUGUAUAUCGCUAUCUGCUUCUCAAAAGCCAUGUUGAGAAAGCUCCUCGGAUUCAAGGCAUUGAGGUUUAUCUGACCCUUCUGAAAGCCUCCACAAUGUACAUGGAUUCUCUACUGAUGCAAGGCCAUUGUGACUAAAGAGCUUCUGCGCUAUUAAAGCCAAGACGUUUUGCUGUGUCUAAUUUCUGUAUGUGAAUGUACAUGGUAUCCUCUGCCACUCUAUAGCGAUUCUGAAGAGAAGCUCUCUAGAGUAAGGCAUGGGGAUUUGUGUGAUCCUUUUACAAUAUACAUUGAUAUUUUCCACCAAUCCAUGAAUGAGAUUUCAACUCACUAUCAAGACGAAGUCAUUAGGCUUCAUUUAUCCCAUCAGAAGCCUCUAUAUUGUACAUUUAUCCUCUGUUUAUCUUCAGCCAUUCUAAAAUAAUCAUCCCAAGCCCCCAAGAGACUAGUGUAAUCCAUUUCAGGGUUCAUAUCAAUAAAUGCAUUACAACCUGUCAUAUCCCUGUCAUAUCCCUGUCAUAUCCCUGUCAGGUUCAUGAAAGCAAAGGCAUUAUUAGUCUGUCCUGCUGGUAUUUUUUGAUAUCUUACAAAUAUUAGACAGUGGACCUUGUUUCACUGACCAAAACUGAGAGUAUGUACUUGUUCAGGAAUUAGCUUAGGAAAUUGUAGUUGAAGUUGUGUCUGAUGCUGAGUAGACUAUAAUAUUCAUCUAGGACAUUGUUUGACGACAUCUGCUACUUGCUUCGUCCCCAGCUGUUUAGUCCUUAUACAGUGUGCUAAUCCCGCAACAUCAUUCUUUAGUUAGCAAACAUGUCCAAAGUUUUCAUAUUCAUACCUGUUAGAUGUGAUGAUGAUGAGGAUGAUGAUGAUGAUAGAUAGUGCUAUGAGAGGAUGUCCUGUGACAUGGGUAGUACAUGGAUGUCCAAUUCUGCUAUGGUAAUUUGUCUUGCCGAUACAGACAUGGUCCCUCCUUAAAAGUGCUAAAUGAAGGCUGAGAAAGCAUGUCUCUCUGAAGCUUUAUUCUGUAAUUUCUGGAAUAACUAUGAAGAUCUAUUCUUUCUUUUAACCAAAUAUUUAUUACUUUGGGAAUGAAAGUCAGACAGAGAAUGUGAGGUGGAUAAAAGCUGCAUAAAUAGGAAGAAGCUUUGUACAGUGUUGGUUAAAGGAGAGUCGACAAUGAAUCCCUUUUUAGGUGAAAAUGGGAUUGAUAUCUGCUGAAAACCAGAAGGGUGUAACUGGGAGUGUUGAAGGUGUCAUUGUACCAGUGUUUCAUGCACUUCUUAACUAUUUUAAUGGUAAUAUUUUCUUUUAAUUUAUUAUGUGAUUUUUGUUUAAAUUGUUGUAACCCGAGAUGGCUAUCAAGACGGUUAUGUGGUUUUUGUUUUUUAAUCAUUUCAAAGCUGACAUCCACAACCUCGUUGUUGUUUAUUUUACUUGUCAAAAUUAGUUACAAGUCCUUUUGGUUUUCAGCAGAAGGAAUUGGGAGUGAGAUUGUUUGGUUGUAAAUGAUAUGCUGUAUGCCUUUUAUGAAGCAGGUUAGUUAAAUAUGGAAUGUAUAAACAAGCAUGAUAAGAUUUGUAUUGAGAAUGUAUGAUUGUGUAUAAUUGUAUGGCCCAGAUAAUUGAAUACCAGUGUCCUUUUAAGUUCAAUCUCUAAAUGUGAUUGCAAGCUAGCUGCAUUUAGAGGACAUGCUAUUAAGUAAUUAUUUGAAAGAAGCUGUUAAUACUUGAGUAAAUUAUCAAGAUUGUGCAGGAGUUAUCGGUAGAAUGAUAAUAAUGCAUUGUGAAAUUAUUUGUGUAUGCACAGUUGUUUGUCUGGGUUCAUACGGUGGAAGAAUUUAGGCCAGUGUAAUAUUCCUAGUCAAGGAAAAAGAAUGAGAUAGUAAUAUUUUUGUUCCUCUUAAUGAUUUUCUUUUUAAAAUGUACUGGACAGUCAGUUUUAUCUUUUACAUAUAUAUUAUUUCAAUGCAAGCUGUGUUAUUUUACUUUCUUACUGUGCUCAUACUUGUAUUCUGCAGUGCAGUGAUAAAGGAAGAAGAAAAGCUCAGUAUUUUGUUUAAAACCAAAAGAAAUUCAUGUCUGAAAAUAGUGUUUGUUGUAAAAAUGUGUAGUAGUAAAAGUACAAGUAGAUUAGAUUGAAGUAAUGUAGGAUUUGAUGCAGUGUUAAUGUAGCCACUGUCUAGAUUAAGAAUGAUUCAACAGAACAGAUUAAAGGCAACUUUAACACCUCCA